UUGAGGCUGCUGUCGCUGUUGUUCUCGCUGUUGUUGUCACAUCUGAGUAAGGGUUUGAUUGCAUGGUACGACUGUUGUGCCCCAGUUUUCCCUCCGAUGGUCCGGCGUCGUCAAGGCGCCAGACCAUCGGAUGGUCCGGCGUCGGUCACAGCAGCUGCUGAUGCUGCUCAUCCCAUUGUUGCUGCARCAGCUGCGGUCGGAGUUGCUGUGGUCACAGCAGCUGCUGGUGCUCAUCCCACUGUUGUUGAUGCUGCUCAUCCUAAUGAGGCGUCGGCCACAGCAGCUGCUGAUGCUGCUCAUCCCAUUGUUGCUGCAGCUGCUGCAGCUGCUGCAGUUGGAGUUGAUGCGUUUGCAGCAGCUGCUGGUGCUCCUGCUGGGUCCCGCUGCUGCUGCUGUGCCCCAGUCUUCCCUCCGAUGGUCCGGCGUCGUCAAGGCGCCAGACCAUCGGAUAGACCGGCGUCGGUCACAGCAACUGCUGAUGCUGCUCAUCCCACUGUUGCUGAAGCUGUUGCGGUCGGAGUUGCUGUGGUCGCAACAACUCCUAGUGCUCAUCCCACUGUUGUUGAUGUUGCUCAUCCUAACGAGGCGUCGGCCACAGCAGCUACUGAUGCUGCUCAUCCCAUUGUUGUCGUAGCUGCUGCGGUUGGAGUUGAUGCGUUUGCAGCAGCUGCUGGUGCUCCUGUUGUGUCCCGCUGCUCGUGCGGUUACUAUGACCCAGUCUUCCUAUCGAGGUGGUCGGAGUUGCUGCGGUUGCAGUUGCUGGUGGCAGAGCUGGUGUGCCCCAAUCUUCCCUCCGAUGGUCCGGCGUCGUCAAGGCGCCAGACCAUCGGAUGGUCCGACCUCACUGCUGCGGUCGGAGUUGCUGUGGUCGCAGCAGCUCCUGGUGCGCAUCCCACUGUUGCUGAUGCUGCUCAUCCUAAUGAGGCGUCGGCCACAGCAGCUGCUGAUGCUGCACAUCCCAUUGUUGCUGCAGCUGUUGCAGCUUUUGCAACAGCUGCUGGUGUUCCUGCUGGGUCCCGUUUUGCUGGUGCUACUGCUGCUCAUCCUACUGUUGUUGAUGCUGCUCAUCCCACUGUUGCUGCAGCUGCUGGUGCUCAUCCCACUGUUGCUGAUGUUGUUCAUCCUAUCGAGGCGUCGGUCACAGCAACUGCUGAUGCUGCUCAUCCCACUGUUGCUGCAGCUGCUGCGGUUGGAGUUGAUGCGUUUGCAGCAACUGUUGCUGCUCAUCCCACUGUUGCCGAUGCUGCUCGUCCUAUCGAGGCAUCGGUCACAGCAGCUGCUGAUGCUGCUCAUCCCACUGUUGCUGCAGCUGCUGAGGUUGGAGUUGAUACGGCUGCAGCGGCUGUUGGUGCUCCUGCUGGGUCCCGCAGUUGGUGUGCCUUCUGUACCCCAGUCUUCCCUCCGAUGGUCCGGCGUCGUCAAGGCGCCUGGCCAUUGGAUGGUCUGGCGUCGUUGAGGCGCCAGACCAUCGACGGUGCCAGACCAUCGACGCAUCAUGUCGUCGUAGCAGUUGAUGCUGAUCACCCCACUGUUUCUGCAGCUGCUGCGGUUGGACUUGAUGCGGUUGCAGCAGCUGCUGGUAAUCCUGCUGGGUCCCACUGCUGGUGCAGCUGCUGUGCCCCGGUCUUCCGUCCAAUGGUCCGGCGUCGUCAAGGCGCCAGACCAUCGGAUGGUUUGACGUCGUUGAGGCGUCCGACCAUCGACGCAUCAUGUCGUCGCAGCUGCUGAUGCUGAUCACCCCACCGCAGUGAGAAAAUGGCAGGCCAAAAUUAAUAAAAUUUGGGCCCCAGG